GUUCGCUGAGGCGGUUGUGGAGCUGAAAGCAGCUAGUCUAUAUUCCCUGGAAUCUAAGAGUCUUGAUCAGACAAACAAUGCUGCUUAAUCUCGAUCCAAUACAGUAAUCCUCAUCCAAAUCCAGGCCGAGGCUGCCGAUGACAAAUAUUGAAAUGGUGCGCCCAAGUAUUUUGUGCUUUCUGAAAACCAUAAUAGGAAUAUUUGCCACAACAUUCAUAAUUUUCUCCGCAUUCAUAUCAGUCCUUGAUUCGUACACGACCCUCUUUCCAAAUAUACCCAACAGAUUUGCUCUAAUUGAAAGGACAUUGACCCAAACUACAACAGAAACCACAGCGCAAACGACACCCACAAAAAAGAUAAUGAAGCGGUUCAUACCAUUGAAGGACUGGAAUGACGACCAAGCAUAUAAGGAGGCAUUGGGUCGAAGAGGAUUGGGAGAACUGGGCCAACCAGCUCGUCUGAAGAAUGUUGACAAAAAACUAGAAGAGAAAUUAUCCCGCGAAUAUGGAUAUAAUGCUAUGCUGAGCGACCGAAUCUCAUUAAAUAGGUCGGUUCCGGAUAUAAGACAUGUCAGAUGCAGAAGACAAAAGUACCUAAGUCAACUACCAGAUGUAAGCAUCAUAUUACCGUUCUUUGAUGAACACUUGAGUGUUAUCCUACGCUCCUGUUUCACGAUACUAAGUCGCAGCCCGCCUGAGUUGAUCAAAGAAAUUAUACUCGUCGAUGAUGCCAGCACAAAAGUCGACCUGGGAGAUAAGCUGGAAGAAUACAUCGCAGACCACGUACCAAAAACUCGGAUUAUAAGAUUAAAGCGUCGUUCAGGCCUCAUAGUUGCUCGACUAGUUGGCGCCAAACAAGCAACAGGAGAGGUUUUGAUAUUUUUCGAUGCACAUAUAGAGCCCAAUUACAACUGGCUACCACCGCUCAUAGAACCGAUCGCCAAGAACCCUAAGACCUGCGUCUGUCCUCUUAUUGAUGUAAUCUCGCACGAAGACUUUGCAUACUCAGCCCAGGAUGAGGGAGGUCGAGGUGCAUUUGAUUGGAAUUUUAAAUACACAAGGUUACCACUGCUGCCAGAGGACCUGAAGGACCCAAUCAAGCCAUUUAGGAGCCCCAUAAUGACGGGUGGACUUUUCGCAAUAGGAAGAGAGUUCUUCUGGGACUUUGAGGGUUACGACGAAAUGCUCGAUAUAUGGGGUGGUGAACAAUUCGAAAUCAGUUUUAAAAUUUGGAUGUGUGGUGGGGAGAUGCUCGAUGCACCUUGUUCCAGAGUGGCUCACAUUUUUCGAGGCCCUAGAGACUCAUCGAGCCCAAGAGGCCAUGAUUUCCUGCAUGUGAACCUCAAACGUGUAGCUGAAGUUUGGAUGGAUGAAUACAAAGAAUACAUAUACAUGAGAGACCCAGAGCUGUACGCUUCCAUCGAUCCUGGCGACCUGACUAAACAAAAAGCUAUCCGCGAGAGAUUGCAGUGUAAAUCCUUCAAAUGGUUCAUGGAGACAGUGGCUUUCGAUAUUCCCCAAUACUACCCACUAGUUGAUCCACCAGAUUAUGCAAGUGGAGCUUUACGGAGUCUAGCGGGUGCAAAUCUUUGUCUGGACACGCUCAAUCAUGGCUUGAACGAAGAAGUCGGGCUAUUUCCAUGUUCUCCAAAUUUGGUUCGCCCUCAUGAGACCCAAUAUUGGUUUCUAAGUUGGCAUAAGGACCUGCGGUGGAAAUAUAUGCAAUACUGCUUGGACGUAGCAGACAAAGGGCGAAAUUCGCCUGUGGUAUUAUUCAUGUGCCAUGGACAAGGUGGAAAUCAGUAUUGGGAAUACAAUAUGGAGAGAAAAUGGUUAAUCCAUGGCAACGAACGAAGGUGUCUAGAGGCGGAUAUAGUGAAUUUCAAAGUGUUCGUGAAUAGAUGCGAUGUAAAAAAUAAACGGAUGCAGUGGUCGUUUGGUUUUACAAACCAAACGGCUCUGUUAGACUUUGAGAGCAAUAAAAAAUUUGGGAUCCGACUUCAUACUGAUGAACAGGAUCGAAGAGUCAAUUUCCCGGUGAAUUGA